AUGCUCUCCAAGAUCACCGCCCUCGCUCUUCUCGCCACCGGCGCAUCCGCAACGGCCCUCCCCCGUAGCGCAGACUGGACCUGGGACGUCACCGACUUCAGCAGCGUCUGUAGCGCAUCUGCUUGCUGCUACUUUUUUAAUGUCUCCGCACCCACCGGUCCCUCCGGCCAACCAGCCUUCGAUGCAGAGUUCUGCUCCGGCACUAGUCUCCAGGGUGGCUACAAAUCUUGCGGUGUAGUUGGGAUUGAUGUACCGGGCGAUGUGCAGACGCAAGAGUUCAACCGCGGGAUUAAUGUCGGUGCGACUGUUAGUGUGCAGUACACGCUUAUGCAGGGCGAAGUGAGGUAUACGUACACGGGUAACGAGACUGUUAAGCAUACUGGAUUGGGCCCGACUGUGGAGUUCAGUAUUGUGCCUACGGAGGUUACUGCUGUUGCUUAG